AUGAGGAGGAAGAGAAAAACAAGACGUAGGGUGUUGGGGGCAGAGGCGGGAGUCGGGAGCGCCUGCGAAAUCGGGGUCCCUGUGGAGCUGGGGAGCCGUCGAGGCGCGCGAGGGCCGGGCCCCCUUGCCGCGUGGUCUUUGACAGGAAAGUCUCUGAUUUGGUUGGGGUCGGACCGCGUCCCUCCCCCCGCUCCCUCCUCUCCCCGGCUCUCCCGGGCUCUCCCCGGCUCUCCCCGCAGUGGGGCCGACCGGCUUCAGUGGUCCCCGCGUGAGUGGUCCCUUGUAGGGCUAAGCGCCCCACAGGGUCGUGUGCACACAGUGACAAGAGCUACUAAAGUUCACAGUCGCCAAGGUGCAGUUAUUUGGAGGGAUUUUGAUGCUCGAGGGAUUGCCAGUCUGCAGGCAGCCUUCCACAAGUACUGGAGCAAGAUCCUACAACUUCUUUAUCAGGAGGAGUGGCUCUUGCCCCAAGCCUGCCAUGCCGCCGAUAUCUUUACGUUACUGAACGCUGCCUCCUGGGCCAUGGAUUCUUGUCCUGAUUUUGUUAUUAUAACUGUUGAUGGCAGUGAUGAUAACAAUGAUGAUCGCAGUACUGAGACAGUGGAAGAUUCUGAAAGAGCAGAUAAUUCCACCAGUGACACAGCAGAUUAUUCCACUGAUGUCACAGCCAUACAACCAAAUGUUCCAGGUGCCAGUGGUGACCAUCAGCAUCCACUCCAAAUGUCAUAUGGGUCUCACUUUGUCACCCAGGCUGGAGUGCAAUGGCACAAUCACAGCUCACUGGAGCCUCAACUUCCUGGGCUCAAGCAAUUCUCCCACCUGAUCAGUCUUCCCAGUAGUUGGGAUGACAGGCACAUGCCACCAUGCCCAGUUGCCCAUGGUGGCCAAACAGUUUCACAAAUGCAACACCUAGUUCAUUUAAGAAGACACAGCUACAACUUAGAGGAAGUGGAUUUGCCCAAAAGAGGAAGAUUAUCUAUUCCAGAGGUAGAUAUUAUGGUACAUUCUCAGGAAACCUAUGCCUGGGCCAGCCCUGCAGGAACAUCUUUUGGGUCAGCAGCUUGUUCUGGACUGCAGGAGGAAGACUGCAGGGAGAGUUCAUCAUAUCCCAGAGCUGUCUUCACACAUUCAUUACAGCAGUAUGUUGCACAAGGUAGCUCAUUUCCUUGUUUCUAUAUGCCACAUAACUUUAUCAGUGGAGGUGCUGAAAGUACCCAUGUUGUCAUCACAUCUGCCCACAUUACUACAGCAGUACCUAUGGCAGGUCUGCCACCAGGAGUACCCAGUCUGGCAAAUAACCCUGAUGUGGUGAAUUAUUCUGCUCUACUGGUAAAUGAAAAUGUGGGCCUCAGUAGAGCCUCACCAUCUUUCUGCGUCAGUCCUAAUUUGGAAAUGCCAGGAAGACCAGCAACCAGCAAUAAAAACAGCACUGAGACAGUGAAUUACCCAACUUUAAUGGGAAAUUACCGUGGCCAAGAUACUGUCUCUUCAUCUGUCUUCAUUCCUCCCUAUACUGCUGGGAGCGUUAUACUUACAGAAACACCAGAAACAGCAGGAACCAAUGUGGAAAACAAUAAUCAGACAGUGAAUUACCCAACUUCAUCAGGAAGGAGCUGUAGCCAAGGUAAUGCCUCUUUAUCACCUUCCAUUCCUUCCAAGUUUGAAUCUGGCUCACAAAUGUGUCCUGGAACAAUGAGUAACUCAACUGUUAUGAAAAAUAACCGUGACCAAGAUGAUGCUUCAGCAUCUGCCUGCCCCACUCCGAAAUUUGUAAGGUUACCUCUAGACAUUUUCAUAAAAGUAGAUACUGGCGUGGAAAACAACCUCAACACAAUGGAUUUCUCAACUUUAUUGGGCAGUGGCAGUGGCCAGGAUUCUUCUUCAUCGUCUGUCUGUAUCCUUCCCGAGUAUGGCUAUCUUGGUGUUCCAAAAAGAGAUGUCAAGGUACUUAAAAUUCAUUUGCUAGCCACACAAAAUAUGGCCAAACCUAAGCACGCAGCCUGCUACUUGGUUCAUAUUUUGUUCUCCAAGAAAAUUCUUAUUAGCAGCUCAGAGGAUAUCCAUUUGAAAGAUUACCAAUCCCUAAACCCAAACAAAAUGGCUGCAAUUAGAGAAUAUCUGGCAAUAGUUUUUCCUACCUGUGAUUUGCAUGAACAUGGAAAAGACUGGCAAGACUGUAUUUCUGAUAUCAGUUCUGUGAUCUACUGUUUAUGUUCUGAAGCCAAGAUGACUCUAAAAACUAUUGGCCAAAAUAAAAACCCUACCAACCCUGUUGCACUGGCAUCAGCCAGUAGAAAUGACCAAAGGGACAGAGACGCUGGUGAAGGCAGGUCUUGGAUGUUUCCACCAACGAAUGACUCUGAAAUGAGAGAAAAUGAGAAUUUGCAGCCAAAUAGUAAUGCUAUCCCUGAAGAAAUGCAAGAACCUUCCACUGGUAACCCAGAGGAAUCUAGUGAAGCAUUGAGCUAUUUUGGAAAUUCACGCAGAAAUAUACUGAUGCCACGUUCAGUACUGACUGUGGCAAAAGCUAGGCCUUGCGCAAACCUGUCGGCUAGAUACCUUAUUCACAAACUCUUCACAGAAGAUGUCCUGCUCCAAAGUAAUGUUUACGGCAGUCAAGGGCGUGGCCUAUAUCCCCUUGAUCCCAAUAAGAUUCAAGCUCUUCGAGAGUUCCUCCAAGAGAAACCAGAUAGUGAUCUCUCAGAAAAUGGAAGUGACUGGAAGUUGUGUGUGGCCUCCAUCAACAGCAGUAUCCGUAGCCUCAGACAUAACAUCAGAAGUUCUAUAGGCAAGAAGCAGUCAGUGACCCUUCCAGAGUUGGAGCAGAAGUCACAGCCAAGAGAUCCCAAUGCCACUGACGGAAGCAUCUGA